CUUAAAGAUAUUGUAGAUCCUCGCCACCGCCUUUCACCUCGCCUUUCUUCUUAUCUCACUUUGCUUCCAAUUUCAUCCUCUUUCUGUUAUUCAUCGUUUUCUCUUCAUUCCUUUGAUGGCUUCCGUAGAUUUGUGAUUCCUUUGAUAGGUUCCGAUUACGAUGGUUUUCUUCAACCCAGCAUGACUAACGCUCAUCUCUACUCCAAUCACAAAUCCUACACCGACUCACUGUGAGUCUAUUUCGACCAAAUACCCUCUAUCUCCCUUUCCUGUUUUUCAGUCCGCCUGAUAAAGUAAAAGAACACUCAUCGCUCCUCCAAGGCGUGUGCAAUUGGUCGUCGACAAACACAGCUCUGCCGACCCCAUCCCACACCGAUGAAGCUUACUGCGGUGCUUUCUUUUUUCCAGAGAGAAAUACACAAAAAAAAGGAAGAAAAGGAAAGGUUGAGAAGAACGAUCCCCAAAACUUCCGAGGAUUCAGAGCACUCUGUACCGGAGAAAAGGGUGUUAGUCCUAUCACCGGCGUUCAACCAUCGAAUAGUCGACUACGACGCCCCCUGCACUUCUAUUCCUCUUCAAGCAUCAACUGUGCUCUUCCUGUGUUCUCUUCAAGGUCUCAAUUUCAGUAUAUUGAUUGAGUACGGAAUUCUUUGGUUGAUUAGGAGUGCAACCCAAUUGAUAUGGAGAUUUAAAGGAGAGUUUCACUAUGCAUCCCAACUGUUCCAUGAAAUGCUUGAACCAGGAUAA